AUGGAGAACUCCGGCAAGAGAAGAGGAAUUGUGAUUAAAGACGAAUGGCCAGGUUAUAGUCUGGAUUUGUUCACCUACCCGGAGCACUACCGCGACGACAUCGACAACGUUUACAUCCCACACGGGGUGGUCAUGAACAGGACCGAGCGGCUGGCCCGUUACAUCGCCGAGGACUUUGCCGACGACAACAUCGUGGUUCUGUGCGUGCUGAAGGGCGGCUACAAGUUCUGCGCCGACCUGGUGGAGUGCAUCAAAGUACUGGGACGCAAUUCCGGAAAGUACUUGGAGACACGCGUGGAGUUUAUACGACUCAAGAGUUACCUGAAUGACCAAUCAACAGAGGAUCUGCACAUCAUAGGCAGCCGAGAUCUGUCCUUUCUCUGUGGAAAGAGCGUCCUCAUUGUUGAGGCCAUCGUUGACACAGGCAAGACAAUGAAGGCCCUUCUGAAGCAUGUGGAGACCUUUCAACCCAAGAUGGUCAAGGUCGCGGGUCUGCUGGUGAAGCGAGUCCCCAACAUGGAUGAAAACCUGACUGACUAUGUGGGCUUUGAAAUCCCCAAUCGCUUUGUAGUGGGCUACGCUUUGGACUACAACGAGUACUUCCGGGACCUCAAUCAUAUCUGCGUCAUCAGCAAGACAGGCAAGCAGAAGUACAAGGUUUGA